UUUGUGCUCUACCGUAAAAUUCUCUGGAAUUAUCUUCAGGGACCACUCAGCCCCAUAAAAGAGGGUACUGCUGAGACAGGAGGAAUUAGGAAAAAGGCUGUGAAGGACCCAGCUUGUAGCACCAUGAAGAACUUCCCCACGGCUUUCCCUCUUUUCCUGGUUUUUAUCCUGAGUGUCCAUCUCGGAGCUGCUGCACGUGGCAGUGAUGUGGCUAAGUUCUGCUGCUUUCAAUACACCCACAAGAUCCCUCCCUGGAGGUGGGUGAGAAACUAUGAAUUCACCAGGAACAGCUGCUCCCAGCAGGCUGUGAUAUUCACCACCAAAAGAGGCCAGAAAAUCUGUGCAACACCGAAGGAAGCAUGGGUGCAAAAAUACAUUUCUUUCCUAAGAGCCCAGCAACAACAGUGACCGCUGAAUCCUCAGUCCAAAACACCUGGCUCCUGCUCUGUUCUUGGCUUUGCCCCCCUUGGUGGAGCCUGAAGAAUUUCUCCAACAGAAGGCU